AUGCUGCUGACGAUAAACUCUUCAGUCUCCUCCUCCCUCCUCACCAAAUCUCCUUCCAUUCCAAUCACCACUUCCAGCUUCCCCAAUUCCAACCCAGCAACUGCCGUCAGAACCCCAAGAUGGAACCCGCAGGCCCUUCAAUUUCGGGUCUCGUCGUCCGCCAAUCGGACGGUCGAGGUCGCAUCACCGCCGGAAAAUGUCGGUGGAGCUGAUUGCGCUGCGGAAUCUGGAGCGGACAUCGUGAGGAAAUUCUAUGGAGGAAUCAACGUCCAGGAUUUGGCUUCUGUGGAGGAGCUCAUCGCAGAGAAAUGUGUGUACGAGGACCUGGUUUUUCCUCGUCCUUUCGUUGGCCGCAAGGAUAUACUUCAGUUCUUUAAAAAGUUUAACGAUUCUGUUGGCAAAGACCUUCAAUUUGUUAUUGAUGAUAUCCAUCCGAGCCCGCAGGAGUUGGGCGGGGGGGGCAGUUGGGGUGACAUGUUGGAUGUUUAUGAAUGGAAUGGGAAGCCUUUUCCCUUUAGCAAAGGAUGUAGCUUUUAUCGGUUGGAAGUCGUCAAUGGCAAGAGACAAAUAAUCUAUGGGCGAGAUAGUGUCGAGCCUGCUAUCAAGCCUGGGGAUACUGUGUUGGUUGCGAUCAGAGGUGUGGCUUGGCUUCUUCGACAGUUCCCUCAGCUGGCUGACCGGUUUUAA